AUGGGAAAUUGUUGUCCUAAUCAUGAUUAAAAAACAUCGUUUAUUAGUUCAAUAAGUGAUGAUAAAAGUAAUAAUUCUGUUUAAUUUUAGUCAAAUUGCAAACUAACAGUGCAUAAAAGUAACCUGUUUAAGUAGUUAUCCCACCACCUCCAUUAAAAUAACAGAUAAGCCAAGAUGAUUUUAUCAGGAUAGGAAUGCUUGGACAAGUAUUAUAAAUAAUAAAAGUAGGGGGCAUUUGGUAAAGUUUAUUAAGUGAAAAAGAAAGACACUAAUAAAAUAUAUGCAAUGAAAUAAAUCGAGAUUAAAAAAAUCAGAGAAUGCAAUUUAGAAACAAACACAGUUUUAGAAAGAAAUGUAUUAAAAUAAAGCAAACAUCCUUUUAUAGUAAAAUUGAAAUUUGCAUUUCAAAAUCCAAAAUAUAUAUUCUUUGUGAUGGAAUGUAUAAAUGGAGGAUAAUUUUAUAAUGUCAUCAAAUGUAAAAAGAAUGGAUUACCCGAAAAUGUUGUAAGAUUUGUUGCAGCAGAAGUAAUAUUAGCACUUGAAUAUUUAAACACAAAACUUAAAGUUAUUUACAGAGAUUUAAAACCAGAAAAUAUAUUGUUGACUGAAACAGGACAUGUUAAAUUGACAGACUUUGGAUUAGCAACUUUAAGAAAAGAUAAUGAAAAAUCAUAUCUUUUAGCUGGUACUCCUGAAUAUCUGGCACCAGAAAUCAUAACUAGAUAAGGUCAUUCUUAUGAAGUUGAUAUAUGGACUCUUGGUAAUAAACUAUUUAUAUAAUUAAUAGGAAUACUUAUAUUUGAGAUGAUUAAUGGUUAUCCACCAUUUAAUGAUCCAUAAAGAAGAGUAGAAAUGAUCACUAAAUAAAUUUUACUUAAUGAUCCUACAUAUCCAAAGACCAUGAGUCAACCUGCAUGUGAUUUAAUUUAAAAACUACUCAAAAAUGACCCAAAAGAGCGUUUAGGUGUUAAAGGAGGAUAUGAAGAAAUUAAAAAUCACCCAUUCUUUAAUUCAAUUAGCUGGGAUGUUAUUCAUAUGUAAGUAUCUCCACUUAAAUCCUUUGCUGAAAAGAGCAAUAUAAAAAAUUCAACGAGAGUUGUAAAUCCUCCUCCUUAAACAUUAGAGGAUACACCUUGUAAUCGUUAAAUGACUGACGGAAAAAUUGAUGGUAUUACAUAUUUAGGAGAAGGUGAAACUUUUAAUUCAAAAUUUUGAUC